UUAGUUAUUUCAUUUAACAUUUCGCUAAAUGAUUUACAUGAAUGCUGAUUAAUUAAAUUUUAACGUUAAAAUAAAUUGCUAAAUGUCUGCACUGACGCAGAAAUUGCAAACCCCAACGAUUAGUGUUAUGGAUGAUGCUCAGCAGAUUAGCAGUUCACGCUAUGCAGCACUGGCUGGUUUUGUUUUGGCGCGAAACGCUGAAAAAGUAAAGAUAAAAACUGAACAAAUUUCUAAUAUAAAAAAUGAGUUUUUCGCGCAGUUCACUGCGCUAUGCGCACACCAAUGGAUACACAGGACUGCUGUAUACGCCCAAAGGUGAUUUCAUGAUCACCUGCGGUACUGAUGGCGACAUACGCCACUGGACCUGCAUCAGCGACGAUGAUCCUCGCUCCACCUGCUUGGGCGAGUUUGUCAUGUGCAUUGCGCACACGGGAACCCGAUUGUUGGCGUCAACAGACCGCAACACGGUACACGCAUACACAUUCCCUGACAUGGACAGUGAUGGCAUACUAAUGCGGUUCACUGCACCUGUUACGUGUCUGCGAGUGUGUGGAUUGUUUACAGCUGCGGGCAGCGAGGAUACGAGUAUUAAAGUGCUAAAGGGUGACAACGCAGGCGCCGAGACAAUACUUGAGGGGCACAAGGGACCUAUAUUAUCUCUGGAUCUGUAUGCAGAGCGACAUCUGUUGGCAUCGGUAGCAGGUGAUGGACUGCUUAAGGUCUGGCAGUUUGAGACGGGCGAAGAGCUGAAAAGUAUAUCAGGAUUGCCGCGUGUUAAUAGCUUUGAGAGCGCAAGCCUAUUUGGGACACCCAGCUUUGAGCCACUGCGCGGUGAACAAUUGGCCUAUGCACUGGACAAGGAGGUAAUUGUCCUUAAUACGUCCAACUGGGAGGUGGCCUACAAGCUGCAGGAUGAUCGUGUCUCCAGCAAUUAUAGUUGCUGUCAGUUCUCGUCGAAUGGAGAGCGUUUAGCAGCUGGCACCACUAGUGGGGAGUUGAGCAUCUUCGAUGUGGUGCGUCGUAAAGCAUUGCCAGUGGAGGCGCCGCCCAGCGAUUGCAAAUCCAUUACGUGCCUCGCAUGGAAUCCGGCUAAUGUUGAUGAGUUGGCCUAUUGCGAUGCCACUGGACAAUUGGGAACCAUUUUUCUGGGCGAAGAAGAGACAAGAAACGGAUUAGAUGGUGAGCUGGAGGACGAGCAGGAAGAUCUGCUCACAGGCACAGGAUUUGAAUUUGAGGGCGCUGAUGAUGAGAAUGUGGCGCAGCCUGAUGAUGGCGAUGGCGUUAGCCUGGAGCAGUUGAAACGUAAAGUGAUGAGCAAUACGGGAUAUAUGCCAGAUGAAAUAGACGAUGAGCAGUCGAAGCAUUCAAUAGCUAGUAGCUCCGUUGUGCCGUCUGUUCCUCAGAUAAAGCUCUUCAAGCAGCAGGAUGCAUUUCAGCCAGGCGCCACACCAAGUGAUUUAGAACAUCAUUACUUGGCCUGGAACGAUGUGGGUAUUGUCACAGCACAUACCGAGCCGAGUGGUGACGGUGCUAUCGAUGUAGAAUUCCAUGAUGCGAGCGUGCAUCACGCUCUGCACCUAAGCAACAACUAUAAUCAACAUAAUCUGGCAAGUCUCAGUCGCAGCGCCUUGGCUUUAGCGUCCACGGAAAGCAGCAAGCUGGUGGUCAUCGCCUUGGCUGCAGCUGGCAACAAGGAGUGGUCGUUAAGUCUGCCGGAUUGCGAGAGCGUGGAGGCGCUGGUGGCCACCAGUCAACUGAUCGCUGCGGCCACCAGUAGUCACUUUUUGCGCCUCUUCACCGUUAUGGGCACCCAGCGAGAGGUGUUGAGCUUACCUGGACAGGUGAUCGCAUUAGCUGGACAUGAGCACAGCGUUCUGUGUGUUUACCAUGCCGCCGGCUGCAGCCAGAGCCAACAACAUUUGGCUGCUAUGUUGGUUAAUGUGAAUGGUUUAAGUAUACGCGUGGAACAGAUCGCGUUGCCUUUGACACCGGGAAGGCAACUAAAUUGGCUUGGAUUUACGGAUAUGGGCUCGCCCAGCUUUGCUGAUAACAUGGGUCUGGUGCAGCUUUAUCGACGUGCCAGCAAUGCCUGGUUUCCCAUCUGCGACACCUUGAAACAGAGUUCUAGUGUGUCUAACAACUACUUCAUAGUUGCUCUGUCAGAACGCAGACAGAUUAUUGAGGCUGUGCUAUGUCGCGGCAGCUCGUAUCCCAUGACUAAUCCACGUCCUAUGCUCCAGGAGCUGCGCAUGCAGCUACCUCUUUGUGAUAUUGAGGUGGAGAAAUCUGAGUUGGAGGACACGCUCUUGAGGGCAAGCUUGAUGCAGUGGGAAGGCGCUGAGAAGCUACAAAAGGAGACGGCCAUCAAGUUAUUUGCCUUAGCCUGCAGCAGCGAGUGUGAGACGCGUGCACGUGAACUAAUCGAAUCUAUUGCCUGUACUGAGCUGCUUCAGCUGGCAGUCAAAUAUGCUUCGAAACGAGGACGCAUUCACCUCUCAGAUAAAUUGUGUGAGUUGCUUCCGCAAUUGGAGGCAGUACAGGAGGCGCGUAAGCAGCAGCAGCUACUGGGAGCCAACGGCAUUGCGGCCACCAUUAUCCUGCCCAUGGCUCCAAUGCAGGCCACAACGCCUAAAUUGGCGCCCAAGGCGAUGGAGCUGAGUGCCUCCAAGCGUGGCGCCUUAAAACGAUUCUCCAAUUCUCCAAAUUUGUUUAAGGCAGCUGCAGCAGGAGCAUCUCGUCCGUCCACGCCAGAUGCCACCUCAGCACUGGACACACAGGAGAAUUUAUUUGGCGAAUCCGAAUCGCAGGCAUGCGACUCUAAAGAUGGAGAGCAACGUACGCCUUUAAAUUCCGUUAAUCCGUUUGCUAUGAAACGCAAGCUCGUUGAUACAGGCGUCAUAUUUGGCUCCGAGAAGCUGAAACUGGCAAAAAAAUAAAUAAUUUUAUUUAUAUAGUCUUUUAUUA